AUGAAAAAGAAGUUUAAUUUUAAUACGCCGUCGUUUCAGCCGUCUAAUGUUCCGAAUCUAACGAAUAAAUUUUCGAAUUUAUCACCAAACUUAAAGGAAAUACCGGUGUUCGUACCAUCUGGAGGAAUGAGUAAUACUGAUUCAGGUGGUAUAAACGAACCAGAAAUGAACGAAUCGGCCACUCCUAGUAAGAAAUUUAAUGCGUCAACACCAUCAUUCAUGCCUUCUAAUCCAUACAUCUCGACAAAUGACCAAAUUUCGGCACCGUCUCCUGUUAUGGCACAAUCCGUCACUGCUCCUGGGGCCAAAGCUAAUGGAAAUAUACAGCACAAUCCGUAUUUACCAGGAAAUUCUGGAACACCACAGCCGACAUCAGCAGUUGCAGCACCAAACUCAGCAGACGUGUUUUUCCAACAGCCUGCUUCGUCGUAUCCGUUACAAUAUCAUUUGUAUGCACCAGCGCCACCUCCAAGAUUGACCAUACCGUUACCACCACAUGAAAUUAAUGUAAAUCUGAUGUUUAUUCCAAACGACUUGAGGGAAACGUUAUUAAAAAGGAACGAAGCUACUUUGCAGACGUUACCAAGGUCCAACUUACCUGAUCAUGUAAAUAUAUAUCAUUCGUUGGUCCCGAUUGAUACAUCGUUUGAAAAUAUUUCGAAAGUAUAUGGUCUUCCGAGUUUUGUAUACAAAGUGUUUUCUAAUGUGGAUGGUAACCCAUAUGCAUUGAGGAAAAUCGAUAUACAAUCAGUCUUACGAAUCACUAAUGAAUUACCUUUCAAAAAUAUUAAGAAAUGGAAGUCUGUUAAAUGUGCAAAUAUUAUUCAGUUACAGGAGGCAUUUACAAGCAUGGCAUUUGGUGGCUCUUACAGCACCUUAAUAGUCACCUAUGAUUACUUUCCUAACUCUAACACAUUACAAGAACAACAUAUCAAUAGAAGAUUAGGAGGUAAAUUAGAACCAAUUACAGAAGAACUUUUGUGGAAUUAUGUGAUCGAAAUUACAAAUGCAUUAAUAAAUAUUCACGAAAAUAACUUGGCUGCAAGAUCGGCAUUGGAUCUUUCUAAGAUUCUUGUCACAAAUAAAAAUAGAAUCAGAUUGGGCGGUGUUGGUAUAAGUGACAUCUUGAACUACGAAGAUGACGAAGAACAAAUCAAUCAAAAAGGAUUGGAGACCUUUAGACAUGAAUUACAACAAGAAGAUAUUAAGAAGUUCGGAAAAUUAAUAUUAGACUUGGCAGCAUUAUGUUUGCCUAACAAUGUUAGAAAUAAUGAACCUAAGGACUUAAUAAAUCUCUUGAAGACAUCGAACACCGUCAACUUUAGUGGUGAAUUUAUUAACCUUCUUUCAGACUUGAACACAAAUACAUCCGAUUUACACGAAUUCAACAGGAAUCAUCUAUCCCGCAAAAUCUUGAACUUUUGCAGUAACUUGCAAGACCUGCAAGAUUUCAUGGAAUCGCAGCUCUCCACUGAAUUAGAAAACGCCAGGGUUUUCAGAUUAAUAACAAAGCUAAACUUCAUCAUAGAUAGACCCGAGUACGAAAAUGACCCUAAUUGGCAAGAAAACGGAAACAAGUACAUCAUCAAGUUAUUCAGGGACUACAUAUUCUUCCAAUACGACGAAUUUGGAAAGCCC